GUCCACAUUCGUUGUACUUACUCUGAUCAUGUGUUAUAAACACGUGACAAGAAACAACAAAGAGCUCAGAAAAAUCUGUGUUCUUCACGUAUCUACAACAUUGCAUCUAUUGAAAGUGUGAGUAAUCAAACAUGGGAGACAUAGAUCCAUCUUUCAUACAAUCAACAGAACACCGUCCCAACUUAUCUACCUUCAUACAAGUUGAUGAAAUUCCAAUCAUUGAUUUCUCAGAAAGCAAGCAAGAAAAUCUCAUCUCAAAGAUUGGCAAAGCAUGUGAAGAGUGGGGGUUUUUUCAAGUAAUCAAUCAUGGUGUUCCUUCUGAAGUUAGCACAAAGGUUGAGAUUGAAGCCAAGAAGUUUUUUGAUCAAAGCUUAGAGGAAAAGAAGAAAGUGAAAAGAGAUGAAGCUAAUGCUAUGGGGUAUCAUGAUGCUGAACAUACUAAGAAUAUAAGGGAUUGGAAAGAGGUUUUUGAUUAUCUUGUUGAGAAUACUACACAAGUUCCUUCUUCUCAUGAGCCACAUGAUUUGGAGCUAAGGACUCUUACUAAUCAAUGGCCACAAUACCCUCCUCAUUUUAGGGAAACAAUGCAGGAGUAUGCUAGGGAAGUGGAAAAGCUAGCAUACAAGUUAUUGGAGUUGAUUUCAUUGAGCUUAGGCCUAACUGGUGACAAAUACCAUGACUGCUUCAAGAACCAACUAAGCAUGGUGAGGCUCAAUCACUAUCCACCAUGUCCUUCCCCUGAUUUGGCACUUGGCGUUGGUCGUCACAAAGAUUCUAGUGCUUUAACUGUCCUUGCACAAGAUGAUAUUGGCGGCUUACAAGUUAAGAGAAAAUCAGUUGGUGAUUGGAUUCCUGUUAAACCUACUCCUGGUGCAUUUAUCAUCAACGUGGGUGACAUUGUUCAGGUUUGGAGCAAUGACAAGUAUGAGAGUGUAGAACACAGGGUGGUAGUAAACACAGAGAAAGAAAGAUUUUCCAUUCCAUUCUUCUUUUUCCCAGGUCACCAUGUUAUGGUGAAGCCAGCAGAAGAGCUAGUGAAUGAGCAAAAUCCUGCAAAAUAUAAACCAUACAAUGUUGGUAAAUUCUAUGCUAAUAGAAACCGUAGUGAUUUCAACAAACGUGAGGUUGAGAAUAUCCAAAUUCAUCACUUCAAGAUCUUGGAUUAGCUAUAUAAAAUAUUAGCUCUUUUUUUUUUUUUUUUAAAGUCUUAGGCAUCCCCUUUCUAUGGAAAGGAACUCCGGUAAUUCGAGUUCGACCAAGUAAUAAAUAAAGUUUGACAAA